CACCAGACGGGUCUAGCCCCGCCUCCGGCAAGCCGCAGGAUACCUGCGGGCCGCGCUGCGGGGCAGCUCCUCCUCCUCUCCGCCCCGCCGGCUGCGGGCGCGGAGGACGUCAGCGCUGCCAGCGUGGAAACCGCCGCGGGCCGCGGGAGGCGGAAGUAGUGCCCAGCACCGUGGGCCCAGCACUGGACAGCUCAGCCAUGGACGCGUCCCUGGAGAAGAUAGCAGACCCUACAUUAGCUGAAAUGGGGAAAAACUUGAAAGAGGCAAUGCGGCUGCUGGAGAACAGCCCGAGAAGAACAGAGGAGGAAAAUGGAAAGAAGCCAGUAUCCGAGGAUAUUCCAGGGCCACUCCAAGGCAGUGGACAGGAUAUGGUGAGCAUCCUCCAGUCAGUUCAAAAUCUGAUGCAUGGAGAUGAAGACGAGGAGCCCCAGAGCACCCGAAUCCAGAAUAUUGGAGAACAAGGUCACAUGGCUUUGUUGGGUCAUAGUCUGGGUGCCUAUAUUUCAACUCUGGAUAAAGAGAAGCUGAGAAAACUUACAACCAGGAUACUUUCUGAUACUACCUUAUGGCUACGCCGGAUUUUCAGGUACGAAAAUGGAUGUGCUUAUUUCCAUGAGGAAGAGAGGGAAGGACUUGCUAAGAUCUGUAGGCUUGCCAUUCAUUCUCGCUAUGAAGACUUUGUAGUGGACGGAUUCAACACGUUAUAUAACAAAAAGCCUGUCAUAUAUCUUAGUGCUGCUGCUAGACCUGGCUUGGGCCAGUACCUUUGUAAUCAGCUUGGCUUGCCCUUCCCCUGCCUGUGCCGUGUGCCCUGUAACACCAUGUUUGGCUCCCAGCAUCAGAUGGAUGUUGCCCUUCUUGAGAAACUGAUCAAAGAUGACAUAGAAAGAGGAAGACUACCCUUGCUGCUUGUUGCAAAUGCUGGAACUGCAGCAGUUGGACAUACAGACAAGAUUGGACGUUUGAAGGAACUCUGUGAGCAGUACAGCAUUUGGCUUCACGUGGAAGGUGUGAAUCUGGCAACAUUGGCUCUAGGUUAUGUCUCGUCAUCUGUGCUGGCUGCAACCAAGUGCGAUAGCAUGACACUGACUCCUGGUCUGUGGCUGGGUUUGCCAGCCGUCCCUGCAGUGACACUCUACAAACAUGAUGAUCCUGCCUUGACUCUAGUUGCUGGUCUUACAUCAAAUAAGCCUGCAGACAAACUCCGAGCCCUGCCACUCUGGUUGUCUCUACAAUACUUGGGACUUGAUGGCAUUGUGGAGAGAAUAAAGCAUGCUUGUCAGCUGAGUCAACGGUUGCAAGAAAGUUUGAAGAAAGUGGACCAUAUCAAAAUCUUGGUAGAAGAUGAGCUCAGUUCUCCAGUAGUGGUGUUCAGAUUUUUCCAGGAAUUACCAGCCUCAGAUCCAGCGUUUAAAGCUGUUCCUGUAUCCAACCUAGCACCUGCAGCAGUUGGCCGGGAGAGACAUUCCUGUGAUGCGCUGAACCGCUGGUUGGGAGAACAGUUGAAACAGUUGGUGCCUCAGUGUGGCCUCACUGUCAUAGACCUGGAGGUAGAUGGCACGUGUGUUCGGUUCAGCCCUCUGAUGACAGCAGAAGUGUUAGGAACUCAAGGAGAGGAUGUGGAUCAACUCAUCACCUGCAUUCGAAGCAAACUGCCAGUCCUGACCUGUACACUACAGCUACGGGAAGAAUUCAAGCAGGAGGUAGAGGCAACAGCAGGCCUCCUGUAUGUUGAUGACCCCAACUGGCCUGGAAUUGGAGUUGUCAGGUAUGAGCAUGCUAAUGAUGACAACACCAGUCUGAAAUCUGAUCCAGAGGGAGAAAACAUACACACUGGACUUCUGAAAAAGUUAAAUGAACUGGAAUCUGACCUCGUAUUUAAAAUGGGCCCUGAGUACAAAAGCAUGAAGAGCUGCAUUUACAUUGGCAUGGCAAGUGAUGAUGUGGACGUUUCUGAGCUAGUGGAGACCAUUUCAGUCACAGCCCGGGAAAUUGAGGAGAACUCAAGGCUUCUAGAGAACAUGACAGAAGUUGUUCGGAAGGGAAUUCAGGAGGCUCAGGUUCAGCUGCAGAAGGCAAAUGAAGAGCGGCUUCUGGAGGAGGGAGUGUUGCGGCAAAUCCCUGUAGUAGGAUCCGUGCUGAAUUGGUUUUCUCCAGUCCAGGCUUCACAAAAAGGAAGAAGUUUUAACUUAACAGCAGGCAGCCUGGAGUCCACAGAAUACACCUAUGUCCACAAAGUCCAAGGUACUGGAGUGACACCACCUCCCACACCCUUAGGCACUCGCAGCAAACAGAGACUUCCAGCUGGCCUCAUGUCUCUAGGUCAGAAGCCGUUUAAAAGGUCCCUGAGAGGCUCGGAUGCUGUGAGUGAGACCAGCUCAGUCAGCCACAUUGAAGACCUGGAAAAGGUGGAACAGCUGUCCAGUGGGCUCGAGCACGACAACUUAGAGGCCCAAGGCCCCGAGCAGCCUCCCAGGGAUGCUGACCUCACAGCAAGACAGACUGAGGCCCUGCAGAACAAGGCCCAGCAUCAGGAAGAUGACCACUCACAGAUGGGAACCAGGGUGCAGAGACUUAAGGUUUAGCCGACCUGUAAACUCUCACCUCUAGGAUUUGCUUGUCAUCUUGCUGCAACCAGAAAUCCACAUGUGGGAAUGGCGUCCAGGAACACGGGCCUAUGCGAAGUUGUUCUGUCUUUGCAUCAUAAAUGCUAAUCAUCUAAAAGAACCAUUUCCAUGACAAGCUGUAAGGACACUGCCCUACCACUGCGGUAGUCUAGUUCCAAGGUUGUCUGUCCCCUUAGCUGAUAAGCUGUGCAUAUUGACCUCCCGUAAUAACAAAGCUGCCAACACCAAAUGCUUCCCUGUGCAUUGCUGUUUACUUUUGACGACACGCCUACAAGAAGACAACAUGCUACCCUUUCAAGGGGAAGUUGAUGGUGAGAAAAGUCCCAGGUCACAAGUCCAGUGAGCAUCAGCAGUGCCUCAAAGCCAGGUAGGUCAGACCAACAUCUAUAUUCCUCACGGGUACACAAAAUACCACCACCUUAUUACUCCCCCAAGCAGGCAGUCAUCAUGCCACAUAAAACAGCUCACAGUGCCCAAGUAUGACAGCACACACCUAUGAACUAACACUUGGGAGGCUGAGGCCAAACCAGAGUAAGAUCACUUUGGGUUCCAGGACAGCCUGGGUGACAGAGUGAGGCCUUGUCUCACAAAAGCAAUAAAAGAAAGGUCUGGGUCUUUUGUUUUUGUUGCUGUUUUUGUCUGUCUUCAUUUUGAGACAGGGACUGACUGGUAAACCAGGCUGGCCUUAAACUUAGAUAUCUUUCUGCCUUUAAAGUGUGCAGCACCAUACUUCACCUGGUUUUAUGUUUUGCAGUGGGUUUCAUGUAGCUUGGGGCUAGCCUUGACUCACGCUUGUGGGAUCACCAGUGUGUGUAUAUACACCAUCACAACCAGCUAUGUAGAAGCUGAUGGCCAAAGACCCAUUCCUUGAAUUCCCAUAUCAUGCCAGUGGUAAUUUUCAGCUUUGAGAAGGGUACUCAAUAUUCUAGUUAUUAACUAAAUAACAAAAAGAAUCCUAAAGUGAGUUCCAGGCCACCCUGGGCUACAGCGCAACCUUCUGUCUCGAAAGGAAGGAAAGGAAAGUUAAAAGGAAAGGAAAGGAAAAAGGAGAAGAAAGAGGAAAGCAAAGCAAAGCAAGAAAGCACUUGGCAGAAGUUGCUGCAGGAGACUUGCCACAGUUCCCAGACACCCUAAGCUACAUAGAUAGCAAAACCAUAUCAAAUGCAAAGUUUUUAAAGACAAAAUUAAGGACUCCUGAAAAUGGUUAAGAGACUAGCAAAAUAAAUGUCUAAUUCUGAACAUUUUACUGAGAUGUUAGCACUACACAAGCAAGCAGACUUUUGAGUUUGCUGGGGCAUGGGUUGCUGGCACAUACUUGAGACCAGGCAUCUGUGCCCUGUGUCUUCAGUUACUUUUGAGACAGAGACAGGACCUCCCACUAAAGGGAAACUACAUAUUCAGCAAGACUGGUGGCUAGAAACCUCAGUAAUCAGCCUGUCUGUGUCUCCCCAGCACUAGGGCUGGAAGCAUGCGCGGCACACCCAGCUUCUUCUGUCAGGCCUGCAGACCGUACUUACAUAGCAAUAGAGUGCGUGGCUAAUGAACCAUCAACCCGGCUCCUGUCUAGCUUCUUUAAAACUACAUCCCAGGCUAGCCUCUACCUCACAGCAAUCCACCUAUCUAUCUCCUGAGUGCUUAGAUUAAAACUGUGUGCCACCAUGCCAGGCUCAUUCUGUGCAUUUUAAAUUUUGUUUGUUUGUUUUUGUUUUUUGAGUCAGGGUUUCUCUGUGUAGCCCUGGCU